UUAUGUUUUAAUUUUAAAGAGACCAAAAUAAAAGAAUAUUUUUAUUAUCUAUUCUAAUAUUAUUAUAUUUAUUGGAAACAAUAAUGUUAUAUUGUUUGUUUAAAAUAUAAAAAUAUGUACAGAUUAGGUAAACAGAGUUUUAAAUUAUACCGACACAGAGAUAUUCUACUUAAAAAUGUGAAAACAAUCGAAAAGUUGAAUAGACACGAAAACUACAAUCAAAACAGAGAAUUCUCCUUCCAAUCUUCUAUAGAAUCUGUAGCCAAAACCCAAACAGGUAUUUUCAAAUGGAUAUCAGAAAGUACCCCAGUGGAAUAUCUUCAAAAUAUUUUAUUGACAAUGCACGAUACCACCGGUUUACCGUGGUGGGCAACAAUUGUUUGCACAACAGUAUUAUUAAGGACGUGUGUAACUCUACCUUUAGCUGUGUAUCAGAAUUAUAUAUUAGCAAAAUUACAUAAUUUACAAUUAGAAAUGCCUGCAAUAGUUGAAGAACUUAAAAAAGAAACGUCUAUUGCUGUUAAAAUGUAUAACUGGGACGAAAAGAAAGCAAAAAUGGUUUACAAUAGAUCAAUAAGAAAGCAAUGGAACAACCUGGUGGUAAGAGAUAACUGUCACCCUUUUAAAGCUAGUCUUUUACUAUGGUUUCAAAUACCUAUGUGGAUAUCUUUAUCUGUUUCUUUAAGGAAUCUUGUAUAUAUGCUUCCACAUCAAAAUGUAGAUGCACAAAUAACUUUUACAGAAUUAACUGUGGGAGGUUUUGGUUUUAUUCCAAAUUUGACAGAAGUAGAUGCUUCUGGUAUAUUACCUGUUGGAUUAGGCCUUAUAAACUUGUUGAUAAUUGAGCUGCAAAGAUUGUCAAAAGUUAAUGAACCUACAAAAUUACAAAAGUUUUUAACAAAUAUUUUCAGAGGUUUAAGUGUGAUUAUGAUUCCAGUAGCGGCAUCUGUACCAUCAUGUCUUGUUUUGUAUUGGACCACAUCAAGUGCAUACGGACUAAUUCAAAAUCUUAUACUUAUGUCUCCUAAAGCUAAACGAAUUUGUGGAAUACCUAAAACUGAUAAAGAACUAGAACAUCCUUACAGGCAUGUCAGUUUACAAAUACAAAAGAAACUUAAUUUAUCUUCUAACACAUCGAAAUGAUGUAAAAAUAUAAAUUGAUAAACAUA